AUGAAAUUUUCAAUUGCAACCAUCGCUACCAUUUUGUCUUGUUUAAGUUCAACAUUAGCUGCAACAAAUUAUGUUUAUGUUACUCAAACUAAACAAGUAACUAAAUUUCAAACUUUAACUAUUGGAGGAGAAGAAACUGUUGCUCCUGUUACAACUGAAGCAGUUGAACAACCAGCAGAAGAAGAACCAACUCCUUCACAAUCAACUUGGGUAUUUUCAACUAAUAUUUUAAAUCAAGAUAUUGUUUUUACAAGUUUAAUUGAUACCAAUAAUAUUGAAGAUAUUGCUGUUAAUUUAUAUAAUGAACAUAUUAUAAUUCAAAGUGGUGAUUCAUUAACUACUCAAACUUUAUUAGUUCAAGCUAAUCCAACUACUUUAUUAACUUCAACUGUUGGUGACUCCAGUGCUGCUGCAUCAUCUAUUUCUGCUAUUGAACCACCAAUUGCAUCAUCUGUUGCAACAACUUUAAUUUCUUCUUUUGUUUCACAACCAGAAGAAAGUCCAGAAUCAACUUCAAUUGAUGCUGUUGCUGCGAACGAGCAAGUCUCCACUGCAACUCCUUCAACAACACAAAUUAAAACAUCAGGUUCUUCAUCUCAAGUACCACCAAAACCUACUUCAACUAAACAAUCACCACCAUCACCAGCAACUUCAUCAACUCAAGUUCCAGCAACAACUUCAUCAUCAUCAUCAUCUCCAGAUUUUGGUAAUGUUCAAGAUGCACAAUUUUCAAAAGAAAUAUUAGAUGCUCAUAAUUCAAAAAGAUCAUUACAUGGAGUAUCAUCUUUACAAUGGGAUCAAAAACUUUAUAAUUUUGCUCAAGAUUAUGCAAAUAAAUAUUCUUGUAACAGUGGAUUAGUUCAUUCAGGUGGUCCAUAUGGUGAAAAUUUAGCAGUUGGUUAUAAAGAUGCUUCAAGUACUGUUGAUGCAUGGUAUGAUGAAAUUAAAUUAUAUAAUUUUAAUAAUCCUGGUUUUUCAAGUUCAACUGGUCAUUUUACCGCUUUAGUUUGGAAAUCUACUUCAAAAUUAGGUUGUGCUAAAAAAUCUUGUGGUUCUGGUAUUUAUGUUAUUUGUUCUUAUGAUGAUGCAGUUCCAAACAUGAUUGGUCAAUUUCCUCAAAAUGUUUUACCAUUAGUUAAAUAA